UCCGGUUUUCCAGCUGCUGUCGUAGCUACCAGCAACUGCAGAUGCUUUGUGCUCACGGUCGGCAGUUUCAGACAGAACCGCUCCGCGUUUUCUUUGUGGAUGGCUGCUGUUUUACUUCCGAGGAUCAGCCAGACAACAGCGGUCACAUGAGAACAGAAGAAAGGCUGCGAUGGAGAAGAGCCACAGUAAGACCAGGCUGAACUGAACUAACCGCCUCUCUGUGCGUCAGCUACUCAAAUAUACUGAAGACUUGCUGAAAUUACUUUGAUGUGAGGACGUUGUUUUGCAGCAAACCUGGAAACUACACGGAGAUCCAGAGAUGCUUUAAGAUCCCAAUUCAGCUCCAAUCUCCACCCAUGCUAAGAAUUUGGGGAUGCGAUGCUCAUCUAACCCAGUGUAUGCCCUUUGACGGUCCAUGUAAUCGAGGUCAGAGCCAAUGGACAGUCACUGCCUACUGCAUCUCACCGUGACCUUGCUGGCUUUGCUGAACCCAAGUCUGACAAGACUGACUCCCAGAGUCUCCUUCCCAAUGGGUAGCCCAGGGAGACGUCUCUCGUGCUUCAGCAGCCAUGAUGUAGGUAACACCACAACCCUGCUUCUCAGUGAAGAUGGAGAAAGGCUAUAUGUAGGAGCCCGCGAUGCUGUGUUAGCACUGGAUGUUAGCCACAAAGACACUGUCCUUCUGAAGAGCAAGCUGGACUGGAGCCCUUCAGAAAAAGACCUAGAAGAGUGUUCCAUGAAGGGCAAGAAAAUGGCGGAUUGUCCAAAUUUCAUCCGAGUUCUGCAGUUCUUGAACAGCACCCACAUGUAUGCAUGCGGAACGUUUGCCUUUAGUCCACGCUGCACAUAUAUCAACUCAGAAUCACUCACAAUGAGCCUGAACACCGUGGAAGGAAGAGGUCGCUGCCCUUACGAUCCCUACCAGCGCAACACUGCUAUUAUUGUGGAUGGAGAGCUUUACACUGGCACUGUGGCAGACUACAGGGGGAACCGACCAGUCAUCUCCCGACACCUCAGUGAGGGCAGCCGUGUUGACCUCAAGUUGGAUGACACAUUAGGGUGGCUUGAGGAUCCAACCUUCAUCAGCUCCAGCUUCAUUCCACACGAGGAGAAAAUCUACUUUUUCUUCAGUGAAGUGGGCAGAGAGUUUAACUUCAUAGACAAAUUUAUUGUCUCUCGUGUUUCUCAGAUCUGCAUGAGUGACGUUGGAGGUCAGCGAACUCUGCAGCGUCGAUGGACCACGUUUGCCAAAGCUCAGCUGUUGUGCCAAGCUGGUAGUGAGCUACCUUACAAUGUGAUCCAGGACAUAGACAUGCUUCCACCAGCAGAGGGAGCUCCAGCGGAUGACACGCUCUUUUACGGCAUCUUCACCUCCCAAUGGGCUGUCAACUCUGGAAGGUCAGCUGUGUGUUCCUUCAGUCUGACUGAGAUCAAAUCCGUUUUCACUGGGAACUACAAAGUCCUGAACAGAGACAGGUUACAGUGGAGUGCACGAGUUCAAGACAAGGUGGCAAAUCCAGGAGAGUGUGGCCUGCACAAUGCAUCAGAUAAUGCUCUGCGCUUUGUCAAAGAAAACUUUCUGGCAGAAGACAGUGUGCGUCCGGUUGGAAGAGGUUUAACCUUGGUGUCUGCUGAGCACACCUACAGCCAUCUGACUGUCCAGAGAGUCCAGGCUGCCAAUAAAAGGCUCUACACGGUCCUGUUUCUCCUUACAGAGACUGGUCACCUACACAAAGCAGUGCUGCUCCAACGUGGGCCCUACAUCAUUGAGGAGGUUCAGGUUUUUAAGCCUCCUCAGCCUAUCAGGAGCCUGAAGCUGUCCAUUCCAAAGGGUAUGAUAUACGUUGGCACAUCAGAGGGGGUGGUGAGGAUUCCAACUGCUAACUGUUCCUACUACUGGACCUGUGCCCAGUGUGUUCUUUCCCAGGAUCCCUUCUGUGGUUGGGACCCUGUCAACAGGGCCUGUGUGAAGGUCUCCAACACUCAAACUGCCCUGAGCCAGGACAUAGACGGAGGGAAUGUUGAAGAAGCCUGUAACAGUAUUUCAUUAACACAAAGAACCAAAUUGGAACCAAGCAAGUUGCCCACAGCCUCAUGUCCUGCAGGUGAGCCGGUGUCCGUGUCUCUGAAUGAAGUGGUGCGGCUGCACUGUCCUGCAGCGUCGCAGCUGUCCAAGCAGCUGUGGGUGCGUCCAAACAGCCGUCUGUCCUCAGAUCUCUACCUUCACCUGGAGGACGGGAGUAUCAGCUUUGUGGCCACUCCAGCUACACUGGGCCACUACCUCUGCCUGUCCACAGAGAACGGCUACCGACAGACCAUGGCCAUUUAUCAUGUCAAGCAGAAGAGCAAUCCCAUGGCUCAGACUCCACCCAGCUACACCCAGCUUCACACACGAGCCCAACCCACCACUCAGACUGCAGCAAGACCAGGACUGCACACCUCGGUUGGGGUGGUGCCUAAAACAACAGAAUUAAGACCGGCAGAGACUAAACCUUCACUGUCCAUCAGGAACCCUCAGGUCACCACCAGACAGCUUGACAGAAACAUAACUUUCCAGGUAAAGGAAUCUGGAAACACAGAAGCAGAAUUCCCUGAUGGAAAGCCCCUGCUGUCAGCCCGCUGCCCCAGUUACCUAAAGGAGCUAGUGGUUGUUUCAGUUCUGCUGGUGCUAUGCCUCAGUCUGCUCAUCACAAUCACUCUGUAUGUUCUCAGACAGCACUGCCAGAGAAAAACCGCUCCUGCAACAGGCGGUCCAAGCAGCAGCUCUGACAGGAGGACCCCUGAGGAGCAGGAGGCCUUAAGGGAAAAUGAGUUUGUGAACAAACACAAUGGUCAGGCACCUCUUGGUGGACAUGCCCAUGGGUUGGUUUGUAAUGGGAAUCUCACAGCCUCUACACAGAAUUUGCCAAACACUCCCUUCUGAGCAGUAGCCAAAGAGCCUUUAGAGAAGACCACACAUGGAGGGAGGAAGUUGGCGUAGCAGAGUUACUUUGGUGGCUGGGUCACAGGACCUGACUGAGAUUUCAGACUUCCUGAAUGUUAUGCAGUUGUUCCACAUGUUGGGUCUGAGUGCUGCCUGCUCCUGUUAUAUAAAACCAACAGACACCAAACCAGUAGCUGCCCCACUUGUGUUUUUUAAAGGGAAAAUAACCUUUUCCAACACAACUGAAUGGUUGUCAGAUUUUAACAUUUAAAGCAGAGCUUUGGUUUAAAACCACAUCAGAAAUCUGACUGUUAAGGUAAGUCCAGCAGAAUAGUGUAAAACUAUUUUAGGAAUUCUUAGCAGUUGAAAAUACAGCAUGUUCUGUAACAAAGAGCCACCUGUCCGGUAAGAAUGGCGUCGAGGUAACCGGGAUCUGAUGGGUAAAGGUAAACGGAGCUUUUUGUUUCAGAUUGUGUUCCACACGUCACAGAUGUGCCUUCGAUGCCUUCAAAAGAUGUCUUAGUGGAGUUGUUGUUACACUUUAUCACAUGCUGGACUUUUGUCUUAUGUCAUUGACAAACAGAAGCUCCCGUUCUGAUGGCACUGUGCUGUGAUCCCACACGUUUACCUGCUUCUCAAUAAGACAGAUUCACUGGCAAAAGAUUGUUUUUGCUACUUCCCUCCCAGUGGAUCCUCUACAACUAUAUCUGUAAAAGGAGAAAGGAACGUAGGAGAAACACAUUCUUCUAAUCCAUUAAUCAGUAUUCCAAAAGUUGAUCAUGCUUUGUGUUUCAUUCAUGUUGCAUUGCUGGUGUUCCAGCAGAACAAAAGCAUUGUUGCUGUAGGGAACUGGGACUGACCAUUGUUGGGUCUACAGCUGAUGAAUCAAGAAGCAACCUGAAGUCCAUCUGGCUGAGCACUCUGUGUGUAUAAUAUCAUACUUGUGUUUGAGCUUGCCUCACAGUGUUAAUGUGAUUUUUAGCAGCUAAUGUCAUCUGGUUAGGCUGACUCACAUGAAUAUAAGCUAAUAAAGAAGGCUGGCUCUGUU